AUGAGCGAGGAGUGUGCGAAUCCCCUACUUUUGGGGUGGAUUAAGGAAUGGCUGGACCAGGCCCGUGAACGCAACAGCAAAGGCGUGACUGUGUACAAAAAGGCCUAUGAGUCGAUGAAGGCGUGCCCCUUGGCUUUUGAUCACCCUUCCCAAGCGCAGCAACUGAAUGGGCUGGGUCCGAAACUGUGUGACCGCCUGACGGAGAAGCUGAAGGCUCACUGCCAAGAGAAUGGGCUUCCUAUGCCACAAGUCCCCGGUCAAGGCAGCAAAAGAACAUCAGACACAGGAGUUGCUGAACAACCCGCGAAGAAGCCGCGAAAGACCAAGCCUUAUGUGCCAGCUUUACGGUCCGGGCCGUAUGCGCUCUUGUUGGGCCUGGCCACCCUGGGGGAACAUGCAGAUCAAGGUAUGACAAAGGCUCAUCUGAUAGAGGUGGCACAGCCGUACUGUGAUAGUUCCUUUACUGCACCCCCGGACCCGACCAAGUUCUACACUGCAUGGAAUUCUAUGAAGACCUUGGUCCAGAAGGAUCUCGUCUACGAGCACGGUCGCCCACUCCGGAAGUAUCUGCUUUCAGAAGAGGGUUGGGAGGUGGCGAAGCGCAUUCAAAAGACACUCCCCGGCGCAUCCGCGAAUAUUGCCGUAUCUACAGGCAGCAAUCCUCGAACCCAGCCGUCGCAGGUGGCUCCUGCUUCCGGGAACAGAUCCGUUCUUAAUGAUGGCGACGAAGAUAUUGUGAUACAGGAACAGCCUACGUCCAGACUUGGCUUAGCUUCUCAUAUGGAUGGCCCUACCGAGCCUUUCAUGCUUCCCCCAGGCAGUUUCACCGUUGAACUAUUGCUAGAUACUCGAGAAGUACGCACUAAAGAAGAUCGAGACUAUAUCGCCAACAUGCUCAUAGAGAAAGGUAUCAAGCCACAAGUGCGGGCCCUGGAGCUGGGCGAUGUCAUGUGGGUGGCCAAGUGCCGGGACCCUACAUAUCUCGCUCGAUUUGGCGAAGAAGGUGACGAGGUAAUGCUAGAUUGGAUUCUCGAAAGAAAGCGCCUCGACGAUCUCAUUGGGUCUAUCAAAGACGGCCGUUUCCACGAGCAGAAGUUCCGUCUCAGGCGAUCGGGUAUCAAGAACGUGAUCUACCUUGUCGAAGAAUUCAAAGUCACGCACAACGACUCUACGUCUGGUAGUGCGGCGACUUAUCAAGAGAUGGCCGCCUCGGCCAUGGCAUCCACACAAGUGGUCAAUGGGUAUUUCUUGAAGAAAACCCGCGAGCUCGAUGAGUCAAUCCGAUACCUAGCCCGCAUGACUCGGCUUCUUCGGAAAAUGUACGGCGCGGGCGAUUCGUCAAGUGACGAGCCCCAAUCCAGCCAAUCUGGCACCACAUCGAAGCCGACCUCGGUCACUGUUAUUCCUAGUCGGCGCAUCUCCUCGACAAAAUCUUAUCUUGGUUUGAUGGAUGAACUUCGAGUCAAGGAUCCGUCUGUCACGUACGGAGUCACAUUCUCUACAUUCUCGGCCCUCGCUUCCAAAUCCAACACUCUAUCCCUCCGGGAUAUCUUCUUGAAAAUGCUCAUGUGUAUUCGCGGUUUGACUGGCGAGAGAGCAUUGGAAAUCCAACGACGAUGGCCAACACCAAGGCACCUCGUGGAAGCAUACAUGGCGCUGGAGCCUAGCGAGCGGGAAACAUUGAUGUCAGAUGAGUUACAGUCUCUUGUGGGACGGAAAAAGUUCAGCAAAGCACUGAGCAAGAAGAUUGCCGAAGUUUGGGGAGAAUCUGGGUGA